GGACGGCGAGACCGACUGUUUUUGCUCUCUCUCUCUCUCUGUUCUUCCCUCUGCCUCCUUCACUCCCUCAGACGACUACCUCCUCAACUGUGGCUCUUCCUCCAACCGCAUCUUCAUUGGAGAUUCCGAUUCCAAUUCCGGGUCGGGUUUUGUCUCUACUGGCCGGUCCACCUCCAAACUCACCCUCUUCUUACAACACAGCAAGAGUUUUCACCACUGCUUCAAGCAUCAAGAAAAUCGGAACUCGCUUGGUAUGUUUUCGGCUCAGGGUUUUGAUUUGAGAGCAGCAAACUUUACCUUCCCUUUAAAGCUUUUAUUCAAUGAGUCUUCAGUCAUUUCACCUUGCAUCUGCUACACCAUCAUUUAUUUAUUUUUGCUCUUCUCAUUAGAUCUUAUUUGAGGAGGAGACUUGGCAUUUCAUUGACUCGGUUGUAAAAUCCCGGCAAGCGCAAGUUGGACAGCGUUUUGAAGUUCAAGUUUGAGGUCAUAAGCUUUUGUAUGGUGCAAUUUCUAGCGGUUCUAUUAAAAACCAAAGAACCAAGUCUUUACUUCUUUCGGGAAGCAUUGGUCAAAGCCGGGUCCACCUCAAAGCCACGUAAAGGGAGUGCUCAAGUUUGCAAUACUUUUACACCACAAAGAUUGUUAGACGACAAGAAGAAGCAGAAGAGAAUUCAAGCAUCGUUAAAAACACCACCGGUUUUGACUCUCAGAUGUUGUGUACUCCCUAAAAGCAUUCAACUUAUCGCAAAGCAUUUUGGCCUCCCUUCUCUUGACUCCUUUCAGAAAUUAGUGAUCAAGACAAGGAGCAUCGAGUUCAUGCCAUUCUAUCUUUCUCUUGAAACCUUGUUGAUGAGUCUUUCUUUCUCUGCAUACGGACUUUUCAGAGAGGAUCCAUUCAUAUAUGUUUGACGAAUCUGUGAAUGUCAAGCAGCUUGAGAGCAUAUUGUGACCCAUUUCAACUUCCACUAUCAGAUACCCUAUCCGCAGAAAAGCGCGAGCACGUUUUCUAGUCAAAAUCCAAUUUCACCAUGGGGAAGAACGACUU